AACGCCUCGAAACUCGACCCAGCGUCACCCAUCUCACUCAGACUCACUGUAUCAUGUUCGCUUUCUCAGGGGUAUGAAAGCCCGCCAGAUAGAAAAAAAAAACUCCGGCACGCCUGCUCCAACCAAAUCAACAGAAUGACACCACCCGAAAGAACAACUUCACGAACGAACUCCCAGAAACGAGCUGUGGGAAGGUCUGCACGUAAACAAGAAGCGAUAGAAACACAGUCAAGUAUAGGCAGGGAAAAAAAAAAGAUCAUGCAAACCUUCAAGGCACAAAAAAAAAAGAGAAAAACAACAGGCAAGAAGGAUAUUCAUGGUGCACGACUGUCGAAUUAUAUAAAGCAGGAAAAAAAAUAA